AUGUCCAAAAAGGUAACGAUCAUCCAAAAGUAUCUGGAAAAAGGGCACACUCAAAUGGAGUGUGAUAGUGUACACAGCACUAUAGAACGCCAGUACAAAAACGUUGAUGUGUAUCUGCCUAGUCAGUUCGUAGUUCAUUCAAUAACUGCAAGGAAACUUCCUAUGCCAUACCGUGCAAAAUUGUUGAACUACAGUUUCUUUAAAAAUUACAGUCAAGACAUGAUAUACAGCUCUAUACGUCCUGGAAGAAGCUCUGGUGAUCCGACUGUAACUGAUCUACGUAUGCUACAAUAUGAACCUAAUGGUAUUAUAUAUUAUAAGCUCAAUCUCGAUGAUGAAUUAAAAGAACUACCAGGCAGGCCAAAAAAAGUGCAAUCAAUUUCUUCAUUUCCAAACCUGUACACUUCAGAAGCUAAAAUACCCCUUGACAAAUGGAAUGAUUUACAGUUUUUAAAGGGGAUGAUGUCAUCUGAUACGCACUCAUUUUAUGAUAAUAUACCUUGCGAAAAUGAAAGUAGAAAAACUUUAAAACGACAACAGCAAAAUAUUGAAAAGCAGAGGCAGGACAUUUUUUUGGAAAUUGAAGGUGCCAAGAAGAAAAAAAAGAAAUAA